CCGUCAGCAGGAGAGAGACAUCUAAUAUCUAUAUCCCCGUCGACUCACGGAUUUUUCAAGUUUAUUCCGCUGCGAAAUCGUUAAAUUCUCGAGCCGUCCGCGGGCCUGUUGCGUUCGUGUUGCGCGAGGUCGCUGGUUGUUAAAUCGGGUCGACUUGCUGGCCGAUGUGUGCAGGAAAUAACGUGUUGCAUUUACACGUGGUUGGGUGGCUCGAUUUCGAAUGAAACGAUGGAAAUAUUAGGAAUCCGGUUCGCGCCGUUGAACGUCCCUCUGGAAAGGCGACUACAAACCCUAUCGGCUGCAAUAUGGUUCAUAACGAUGGCCUUCGGAGGCUUCAUAGGCAUGCUAAUAGCCCUAUACUUGAUCCUAUUCACGAGGCUAUGGUGGAUAACCAGCAUCUACCUCUUCUACAUCUACACCAUCGACACAAAAGUGAGCGAACGCGGCGGCAGGCCGAGCAAAUGGGUGAGAUCCUGGCGCAUCUGGAAAUACGCCAUAGACUACUUCCCGCUGAAGCUGGAGAAAGCCUCUUCAGUGGAGCUGGACCCCAAGAGGAACUAUCUAUUCUGCUGCUUCCCUCACGGCAUGCUGGCGACAGGCGCCUUCAAUUUCGGCACCGAAUGGAGCGACUACAGGCGGCUGUUUCCCCGCCACGAGCCGCGAGUUGUCACCCUGUCGCAGCACUACCAGAUGCCCCUGUUCAGGGAGCUGGCGCUCGGCUUCGGGGGCGUCGCCUCAUCGUCGAAGUCCAUCGAUUACGUGCUGGGCAGGCCGCAGGGGGGGCGCGUGGUGGCGCUGAUGGUGGGCGGCGCUGUGGAGGCGUAUUUCUGCAGGCCUGGUAGCUACAAGGUGAUCCUGCGGAGCCGGAAGGGGUUCGUGAGGUUGGCUUUGAAGAACGGGGCGCCGUUGGUGCCGGUGUUGUCGUUCGGAGAGACUGAUUUGUUCGAUCAGGUGGAGAGUUCUGGGUUGAGGAUGGUGCAGGAGAAGAUUAGGAAGUGGAUCGGAUUGGCGCCGAUUUUGCCGAUCGGUAGAGGGUUUUUUCAAUAUUCGUUCGGGAUUAUACCGAGGAGGUUUCCUGUUACUACUGUUGUUGGUCAGCCGUUGGAAGUACCAAAAAUCGAGAACCCAUCCAAAGAAAUCAUUGAGGAGUACCAUGAAAAGUUCUCGAAACAUUUAUCAGACAUGUUCGAGGAGCAGAAGCACAAUUACCUGGACAAUCCCGAAGAAAAGAAACUUAUCAUAGAGUAGGAUAUUACCUAAACGUUCCUAUCAUGAAAAUAUCCGAGUAUGUAAGACCAAAAAUAUCCUCAAUUAUUACAAACCUCAUUUGUGAAAGUGUCGAAACAUUUUCGGUAUUUUAAUGAUCGUUAAUUAGGUAAGCAAACAGAAGUCUGAAAAUUGUAAUUGUUAUUUGUAAACCAUUUUCCUGUUAGAAUUUUUAUUGGUAUAUUUAUUAUACUACAUUUGUGAUAUUGUCUAUUGUAUCAUACAUAAUAUUAUAUUUAGUUAUGGUUGAAUAUAUUGUUUUUG